AUGUUGCCUAAGGAGUAUGCCCGGAAGAGGAGGAAGAGGAAAGAACUGGAGUUUGGAAUGGCUCUUUCUCAGGGAUCACACCUCAUUAGACAUCGGAUCAUCCACACAAUAGAGAAAUUACAUAAAUGUGAUGUAUGUGGCAGAGUCUUUAGUCAUAAUGCAAAGCUUGCAACCCAUCAGAGAAUUCAUGCUGUGGAGCAGCCUUACAAAUGUAAUGAGUGUGACAAAACCUUUAACCAAAACUCACACCUUGCUGCUCAUCGGAGGGUUCAUACUGGAGAGAAACCUUAUGAAUGUAAUGAAUGUGGUAAGGCCUUUAGUCAAAAACCAUAUCUUCAAGUUCAUUGGUGAAUACAUACUGGAGAGAAACCUUUCAAAUGUAAUGAGUGUGGCAAGUUCUUCAGUCUAAACUCACACCUUACAAGUCAUCAAAAUUCACAUCUUAAAGCGAAACCUUUCAAAUGUAAUGAAUGUGGCAAGGCCUUUAGUCAAAAAUCACAUCUUCGAGUUCAUUGGAGAAUACAUACUGGAGAGAAACCAUACAAAUGUAAUGAAUAUGGCAAGGUGUUUAGUGGGAAAUCAAACCUUGCAGUUCAUAAGAGAAUUCAUACUGGAGAGAAACCUUUCAAAUGUAAUGAGUGUGGCAAGUCCUUUAGUGUAAAGGGAAACCUUUUAAGUCAUCAGAGAGUUCAUACUGGAGAGAAACCUUACAAAUGUAAUGAAUGAGGCAAGGCCUUUAGUCGAAAAUCACAUCUUUGA